UGGAAGAACGUGUCGUAACACCUAACAAAGAUCAAGCCUUACCUUCAAACCAUUCUCCAGUGCAAGAGCCAGAAUCCUACUCUCCUUCACGUGAACGAAUUCAACAAGAUCAUAUCCAUUCUCCAAUGCCACAAAGACUCCACUCCCCAAUUUCUCCGAUACAAGAUUACGAUUACCCUCAGGUUCAGAAACAAGUUCAUGAACCUAUAUAUGCCGAAAUUAUAGAAUCCACAAUAUCUGAUUACUAUCCUAGUGACAAUCAGUCUGGUUGGAAUAUAUUAGAUUUACAAAAUUUUAUUGACACUUCAAGAACUUUUGAUAUACUUACCAAACAACCCAGACCGCCAAGUUUACCUUUCAAACGAGAAGUAAUUCUCUAUGAUGAUGUCGUUAUUGAAGUUCCUGAGUAUGACAGUGAUGAAAGAUUUCAUGUACGUGCUCAUCUGUUCUUAUUGACCGAUCUCUUGUUGGUUUGUCAAAAAAUUGACAUAAAAGACCAACAAAAUACUCCUAAUUUUAAAUACUGGCUAAUGUAUCAACCGUUGAGCGGAAAACAUUUGUCUAUAAGGGAUAUAACUAUGUUGGAAUUAACUAUAAUGAGAGAUGAGACCAUUAUCAUCUUUCCUCAGUCAGAUAACAAGAAAGACAUUUGGUUAAAUGAAAUCUCCAAAGCGAUAAAGUUCGCUUCAGCCGGCAUUGUGAGGCCACAAGUCAAUACAGAUGUAAAAAAUUUGAAUUCAGCAGGCAGCAGUCCUAAUACAUUAUCAACAUCUCCAAACACGGGUGCUUCUUUAACACCUAAUAGCUUGAGGAGUCAAUCAAGGUCACCCACAAACUUGGGACUUUCACCUACAAAUUUGGGACUCUCACCCACAAACUUGGGACUCUCACCUACAAACUUGAGUCACUCACCUACAAACUUAGGACAUUCACCUACGAAUCUGGGAAAUUCACGCAUUGGUUCGUUUAAACCAGGGUUACCGGCAAAACCGAAUCAACAUCUCGGUUCACAAAAUGGACGAUCGCAAACCUUUGAUGUUCAACGUGAUGUUCAUCGUGAUUCCGGAGAAGAAUAUGACUAUAAACCUGCCAGUAACAAUUAUAAUCAAGUACAAGAUCGAAUAAGUGACCCGUCAUCUUCUAGUUCUAUAAAUCGUGCGCAAUUCAUGUCAUCUCUUAAACGUUCUAAUUCGAUAAGCUCUUUGAAAUCGGUUGCCAGUAUUGCAGUAAUGAGAGAGAUAAUCUAUGAAUCACCUCCUUGUAAAAUAUUCUGUUGGAUUAAUGGCAGCUGGAGUCCUUUGACAACAAAAGAUAUAUGUGCAGUAGAAGUACGAAUAACAACUAUGAAUAAAGGUUGUUGGGCUAUUUUAUUAAAAAACAGUAAUCGUAUGGUACUUAACGCUUGGAUUCAUCCUAAUACUACGAUAAACAGAGAUUCAGAAACUAAUAUUAGUGUUUCAUGUGACAUGGGAUUGAACAGAGAAUGGUUUGAAG